UCUCUCUCUCCAAUUCUCUUCCCCUCCAAACUCCAAAGCUCAAAGCCUCAAACGGAUUUCAGCAUUACAUAAUCCCCUUUCUCCUCCUUCAAACGACGCCGUAAAAAGAGCAGAGACAGAGAGCAGGAUCUCCUAAUGGUAGAAGGAACUAAAACAUACAGGUAUAAUGAAUCAAGAGCCAAGGGAGAGAACAAGAAUGGUGAUCCCAAGAAGUUUCAGUUGAAUGAUCGUAAUGUUCAUACUAACAAUACCAUUGCCUAUGUUCAGAUUUUGGGGACUGGCAUGGAUACCCAUGAUACGUUGCCUUCUGUUUUGCUCUUCUUUGAUAAGCAAAGAUUCAUCUUCAAUGCUGGAGAGGGGUUACAAAGAUUUUGUGCAGAGCAUAAGAUUAAGCUAUCUAAGAUUGAUUACAUAUGUCUCUCUCGUGUUUGCUCAGAGACAGCUGGUGGACUGCCAGGCCUGCUGCUGACUUUGGCUGGCAUGGGCGAAGGAAUGUCUGUCAAUAUAUGGGGUCCUUCAAAUCUUCAGUUAUUGGUUGAUGCAAUGAAGUCUUUCAUCCCACAUGCUGCCAUGGUUCACACAAACCUCAUCUCAAAUGCUGCUGUGGAACAAACAAAGAGUGGUCUAUCUCCCUGUUCUAGUGCUGCAUCUCUGCCAGCCACACGCAAGUUUGCAGAUCCUGUUGUUAUUGUCAAAAAUGAAGUUGUCAAAAUAUCAGCUAUGCUCUUAUUACCAAGUUGUUUGGAAGGAAAUGACGUAAAGCCUAGUGAUAUAUCUGUAAUAUAUGUCUGUGAGUUGCAUGAAAUUAUGGGGAAAUUUAACAAAGAAAAAGCUGAUGCUCUUGGUCUAAAAGUGAAGACAAAAUAUAGGGAACUGCAAAACGGAAAAUCUGUGAAGUCAGAUUGUCAAGAUAUCAUGGUUCAUCCAAGUGAUGUAAUGGGUCCUCCUAUUCCCGGCCCAGUUGUAUUUAUUGUAGACUGCCCUACAAAUUCGCAUGCGGAAGAGCUACUGUCCAUGCAAAGUCUUAAUGGUUAUUAUUCAGAUUUUGUGGGUAACUCCCCAUACAGCUGCAAGGCUGUGAAUUGCAUCAUUCAUUUAACUCCUCCUUCUGUUGUAAAUAGUCCUAGUUAUGAGAAAUGGAUGAAGAAGUUUGGUACUGCCCAACAUAUUAUGGCUGGACAUUCAAUGAAACAUGUGGAAAUUCCGAUCCUAAAAUCUAGUACAAGAAUGGCAGUACGGCUUAAUUACUUGUGUCCUCAGUUCUUCCCAAACCCUGCUUUUGGGUCUUUUCAGCAACAUAAUGAUGCUGCAUCAGGCUCCAUAGCUUCAAGAGAGGUUCAUAUUUCACAAUUUUGUGAAAGUAUAUCUGCUGAAAAUCUCCUUAAGUUCACUUUGCGCCCCCAUAGUCAUCUUGGUUUGGACAAAUCUAAUGUUCCAAGUCCAAUGGCUCCCUCAGAAGUCAUCGAUGAGUUACUUUCAGAGAAUCCAGGGAUUAUAGAUGCUGUCCAGCAUGUCAGCCAAUUCUGGCAUAAGCCUGGAGGAAAAAAAGAGGAUAUAACAGCAAUUCCUGAUGGUACAAUUAUAUAUGAAAGGCCAUUGUUGGAUGGGAACACUGUCCCUUGUUUCCUGAAAAAUAUACGGAGAGAUGAUUUGGAGAUUGUUCUGCUGGGCACUGGUUCAUCCCAGCCUUCUAAAUAUCGGAAUGUUAGUUCCAUCUAUAUUAAUCUUUUCUCUAAAGGAAGUUUGCUCCUGGAUUGUGGGGAAGGAACUCUAGCACAAUUAAGAAGAAGAUAUGGCAUGGAGGGUGCUGACAGUGCAGUGAGAAAUCUAAGAUGCAUUUGGAUUUCUCAUAUCCAUGCUGAUCAUCAUGCCGGUAUAGCAAGAAUACUUACUUUAAGGCGUGAUUUGUUGAAGGGAUUGCCCCAUGAACGGCUACUUGUUAUAGGGCCAAUGCACCUUGAACGGUUUCUAGAUGCUUAUCAAAGACUUGAAGAUCUAGAUAUGCAGUUCCUUGAUUGCAGAAGCACUAUGGAUGCUUCGUGGAAAGCUUUGGAAGGUGAUAUUGAAUCAAAUAGGAAUCAAUUCUUUUCUGGAAGCACAACAAAUGCUGAAGAUUUUAACAAUAAAAUUACAAAUCGUACAGGGUCAACUUUAUUUGCUGGUGAAAGCUGCCUGCAGGGCUGUUCAAAGAGAAGGAAACUUAGUAUUCCAGCUGAGAAUUUAACUUCUUCACUACUAAGGAGCUUGAACGAUGUUCUGGGGGAAGCAGGGCUGGAGAGACUGAUUAGUUUUCCCGUUGUGCACUGUCCUGAGGCAUUUGGUGUCAUACUGAAAGCAUCAGAGAGAAUAAACAGUGUUGGAGAGGUAAUACAAGGUUGGAAGCUUGUGUACUCUGGUGAUACAAGGCCAUGCCCAGAAGUUAUGGAAGCAUCUUAUGGAGCAACUAUUCUCAUACAUGAGGCAACUUUCGAGGAUUGCAUGGUGGAUGAAGCUAUAGCAAAAAACCACAGCACAACAAAGGAAGCCAUAGAAGUGGGAGAUUCUGCCUCUGCAUAUUGCGUCAUUCUAACCCACUUCAGCCAAAGAUACCCAAAAAUCCCUGCAUUGGAUGAAAUAAACAUGAGGAAAACUUGCAUAGCUUUUGACCUCAUGAGUGUUAACAUAGCUGAUUUACCUGUGCUCCCUAAUAUUCUUCCAUACCUAAAAUUGCUUUUCAAAAAGGAUGUAAUGAUUGACAAUUCAGACGAUGUCUAAAUUAUUCUCUUUCUAGAAUUAAAUAGUUAUUUAUCUA